AUGUCCGAGCGUGGUGUCACAGCGGGCAAUACGACCCCACAGCGUUACAUCUAUACACCCCUCGAAGAUCCAGGCAGGGACAUCCGCCUUGUUACUAUCCAGGCUGGCACUUGGGAUGACCCGCUAUGCAUACGAAUUGGUCAUGUACCCCUGUACCCUCCCACUCGGACGAAAGACACUAGGAAACCUCUAUGUGAGAUCAAGCGGACUCUGCCUCCAGGCUGGAUUGUCGAAGAGACUACAGAGGGAAGAUACAUAUUUUUCGGAUACACAGGGAGUCAUUGGAUUGCCUAUUGGAGACAUCCUGACCCGGAGGUUCCGGCCGAAGACUAUGUUGAGCAGCCAGAAACCAUCUAUCAGCUGGAAUAUGAAGCAUUGUCGUACGUAUGGGGCACGGAGACAGAGUUGGAGGAAGUCAAUGUGCAGGGCGAUCGUCUCUCCGGGCCCAAAUCUAUGAGCCUGCGAUCCACCUUGGUAACCUCUCUACGUCAUCUCAGGCAUAUUGACCAUGAUCGAGUCCUAUGGAUAGACCAAUUAUGCAUUGAUCAGAAUAAUGAAGCAGAAAGGGACCAGCAAGUGUUGAGGAUGGCCGAUAUAUAUCAGCAUGCCUAUAGGGUCGUGAUAUGGCUUGGCCCUGCUGAUGCAACGAGUGGCCUGGCGCUGAAGAUUUUGCAUUAUGUCGGGAUGCAAGUCUCGAUCACCACGGAGAAUCACUGGAAUCCCCACCCCGAUGGAGAGGAAAAGGAUUGGUACGAUCACCGCACUGAUCUCACACAGAAAAUCGAUACCUCGAUGUGGAAUGCCAUGGAAAAUUUGUUCGCGCGGACAUGGUUUGACCGACUCUGGGUGCUACAGGAGGCUUCAUUGGCAAACUCGCAAUCGUUAUUGAUGUGUGGAAAUGAAGCCAUGGACUUGAGCACCUUUAGACGUGCUAUUGCCUGCCUGUACACGAAUACUUCUAUUUCUCCCGAGUUCGACGGCAAAAUAUCCCAGGUCCAUAAGUAUGCUCACAGGAGAGGGCAGCCCAUAUCUGAGCUCUUCAGAAAGGCGACUACAUUAGAGUGCUAUGAUCCGCGAGACAAGGUUUACGGCUUACUGGGUUUGCUUCCCGCGGCGUUCCGACAAAUGAUCGUGCCGGAAUAUUCCUCGCCAGUUGCGACUGUGUAUCAGGACUUGGUCCAGUCACAUAUCAGUUACACCAACAGGCUUGAGCUGUUGCGGCACUGUGAACCCCACGAUUUCGCUACUGUCCCUUCAUGGGUGCCAGAUUGGUGUGGCCAAACACUCAUAGUGUUUACCCUGCGAUGGCAGUUUUCAGCCGCAUAUUCGCGUUCUUACACAUCCCUGGAGCAGCCAAAUGUUCUACGAGCACUCGGAGUUAAGUGUGCUAAAGUCAGCGCAAUAUCACCUGUCUUCAAGAGAUACGACCCCAAAGGGUUAGCACUACUUGGAGAAUGGAUCGAUCAGUAUGGUCGAGAUGAAGACCUGUCAGAGAAUUUUGCUAGGACUAUCUGCAGGAAUCAUCUCUCACCCCGAACGGAAGCACGCCACUGGCCAACUGUAGAUGAAUUCAUCCAUCAGAUCAAAGAGGACGGCCCCAACCUUGCGUCCGGUAAACAUGUGCGGUCAUCUUUUGGGCACACCUGUUUUGAGGUCCUCCACAAUAGGAUGUUGAUAGUAACUGAAGAUGGAGAGUUGGGCUUGGCAAGUUACGAUACGGAAGUGGGUGACACUAUCUGUGUUCUUCUCGGCUGUGAUUCGCCGAUGGUUCUCAGAGAGAGCACGGCAGGCAAAUACAGGGUGUCUGGGGAAUGCUUGCUUCAAAGCCUGACUGACGGGUUUAGCCUACUGGGGCCCCUCCCGAAGCCGUGGAGAGUGAAAGUUGAGCCUUCGCGCGAGUUUGCUGAUUGUCAGGCAUACUUGUUUGAAAACACGGAGAAUGGCGAGGUUCGUCGCGAUGAUCCCCGGCUGGAGCCUUUGGAAGAUUGGGAAUGCCGUGAAUUCAGGCGUACAGCUAGUGACCCGAUUGUCAUGAACUCUUGGCGCAACAAGAUUACAGGCGAGACAAUCAACUCUGACCCACGAAUAUCGCCAGAAAGGUUGACGCAGCGCGGCGUGGAGCUGGAAUGGUUUAGGCUAGAGUAG